AGCAGCGCUCGACUCACCCAGGACUUCAAUUCCUUGUUUGUGCAAACUUACUUUUACCUUACUUCAAACCUGAUUCUGAUUCUUCACUAGACCCUGUCAACUGACCUUCUUUGCUAAAACCAUGGCUCUCUUUGCAAUGCUCAGCACCCUGGCCUCCCUGUCUCUGCUUGCCCAGUGCUGGGCCUUCGACUUGGGCCAGUCUACUCGCUGUGUGCCCAUACCUCGUCAGAUGAGCAUGUGCCAGGAUGUGGGCUACUCAGAGAUGAGGCUGCCCAACUUACUCGGGCACAGCAGCCUGGAGGGCGAGGUGGUUCCCCGCUCGGAGGACUGGCGCCCACUGCUGCAGACCGGAUGCCACCCCCAGGCUAAGGCCUUCCUCUGCUCCCUCAUCGCUCCUGUGUGCUUGGACACGUUCAUUCAGCCAUGCCGUAGCCUGUGUGUGGCCGUGCGGGAUAGCUGUGCCCCCGUGCUGGCCUGUCAGGGGCACGCCUGGCCAGAAGCGCUGGACUGUGACCGCUUCCCUGCUCAGGAGGACAUGUGUCUAACCUCUCUGAUUAAACCAAUGGGUGGCUACAUGCUUAAAAAUUUGCCUCAGCCAGCCUGUCAAGACUGCCCUGCUGUGCAUGAACUCCCUUCUCUGAAAACACUGUUUGACUCGUUUUGCCUGAGUGAUUUUGUUGUCAGAGCUAAGCUGUCCCGCCGCCGUCUGCCGUUUGGUGAACCGGAGUUUGAAGUGGAGGGCUGGGUAGAGUUCAUCCAACAAGGCCCCCUCCUGCCUUACGACACCAAAAGCCUGCUGCAACAGUGGAUGCUCAUCAACCUGCGCUGUGCUCACACGCUAGUGCGACCCGGCCGUGCCCAGCUCUACAUCCUCUCCGGUACGGUCAAACCUGAAGGCACCAUAGCGUUCAAACAUCUCUUCCCCUGGCACAAGAAAGACAUCAAUAUUGCCGUGGCGACACGAAAAUGGAAGCAUCACAAAUGUUGAAAAGACUGAAAGUAAACGUUCACACCUAUGCCUCUCAGCUGGAGGAACUCCUAAUUAUUUGGGGGGAAUGAGUCUUCGAACACUGAGACUGGAAUAGCGUUGCAUCGGAGCUGGCUUCUCCAACUGACUCGCUAUUGCCCCCCUCUGGUCAAUUCAGUUGCUCACUCAAUACAGCUCUGUGAAAAGAGAAACCAAUGCACUCUGUAUAUUGUAUAUAGAAACACACAUUAUAUUUGUAUUCAGAUGUGUGUGUAUAUUUAUGUUUAUUGUGUCUU